AUGAGAUUUAUUAAAGAAGUAUAUACAGCAUCCUUUAUUGUAUUUGGAACACAUUAUGUUAUGUGUGGUUUAAUACCAAAUGCUAUGCAAGUGCCUAAUAUAGAUAUAUUUGGCAGCCCACUAAAUAUAUCAAUGCUGAACAAUAUAGAUAGCCAAUCUGACAUCAUUAACCCGGCUGUAAGAGUUGCCCGUGCUAUUAACAGUGCAGAGGCUGCUUAUUCUACAGAAGCUUCAAAAAAAACAAUAGAUGAGGUUAUUUUAAGUAAAGAAAAAAAGUAUAGAAAUAUGAUUAAACUGUAUGAUGUUAAUUCUCUUGAAAAUGGUACCAAAAAGAGCUAUAGAAAAUUAAAACUGGCAUUUAAAAAAACAAAAAAGCAAGGAAAGUAUUUUAAAUUAUAUGCUUUAAAUAAUGGUUAUAAACAUCAAAACCCAUGGUCUAAAAAAAUGAGAUUAAAUGGGUUUUCAUUGAUAGCUCCUAUUGACAUAGAACUGGCGAAUAUAAUUACAUGUGAGCAGGCAGAAAUACAUACAAAAAAGGAGCAGGAUAGCCUCCCGCCUCAAAAAAGCCGUGAUGAAUUUAUUAAUAGUGAUAUAGGUCAAACAAUUAUUGCUAGGGAUUGUGCCUUGUUGUAUAUUGUUAAACAAUUGAACGAAGAAGUACCUAUUUCUCGUUCUUUUCUUAAUGAAGAAUCUGUUAUAUACGACGAGUUUUCAAACAAUCUGGCAAUUUCAUUUAAUAUAUUAAAUAUGAUAAAUUCAAUGAGAAUAAAUAAACUCUUAAAUACAUUCAAUGUGCAAAGAUUAAUGAAAUUUGACGAUAGGGCUGUCAAUAGAAUGAACUACUACAAAGAAGUAAGGAAUUUCGAGUUAGAUAAAAGUGAUAGAGAAAUGACUGAUGAAGAACGUGCACUAGAUGAAUUUAACUAUACCUUAAAAUUCUCCAAAAUAUUCAAACCAAGUAUUUUAGAUGUUAAAUACAAAAAAACCAUUAUUUCGUCCACGUGUAUACAAAUACUUAAUUUCAUUUUAAAAUUUAAAGAAGCUAUAAACCUAACAACUAUCCCCCAAAAAAUUCAAAAUCCCAUAUUGCUUGAUUUCAAACGGGCAUAUGCAUACACAUUGAAAACACUUAAGUGUUUAAAAUACGUGGAUGCAUACAGCUUUGGCAAUGGACAACUAUAUAAGGUAGAAAAUUAUUUUGCAAUGUGUAUACAUAGAUGUUUAAAAGGAGAGGAAAAAAUAAUUAAUUAUUUGGUAGAUCUUAAAAAGGAUAUAGAUAGUGACCUAGCUUUGGUUGCAUCUAAAAUACCCAAGACUUCUAAUGUAAAAAUCAUGUUGUCUACACAUAAAAAGGAAAAUAUAAAAACAUUAGAUUUAAUUUCUAUUUAUACAUUUUUUUUGACUUUUGAAAAAGACCUCUGUGAUAGUGAAUUGGCAAGCCUACAUGAUUUAGUUAAUUCAAUUCCAAAUAUCCCACAAAGGAAUGCAUAUCCUUCCAUAAGACACUCUACAUACCGUAAUAAAGAAACAGAAACCCAUAAUAUAAUUGAUGAAAUAAUAGAGAAACAUGAAGAAGAGUUUAAAACAUUCGAAAUAUACUAA